AUGGCUGAGGAAAUAGCAAGAUUCUUCACGUCGCUCAAGCAAUGGUUCUUCAGUAAUAUCUUCGCUAUGUUUUCCCACCUCUGUAUUCUGACGCGCUUCAUCUCCUCAGUAUAUGAGGUGAAAGCGAAAGUUGACUUUGAUGCUGAUCAACCCUUGAUACAAGUUCAUCCACAUGAUGUCAUCCACAUUCUGGACGACUGUGAGGAUGAUGAUGCUAACGACUAUGAGGAUCGUGGCAACUGUGAGAACAGUAAAAUGGAUGAGGAUGCUGACGACGAACAGGAUUAUGACGACAAUGAUAGUGACGACUAUGAGGACGCUAUGAGUGACGACUGUGAGAAUCUUGACGAUUGUGAGAAUAGUGACAUCUGUGAGAAUGGUGACGUCUAUGAGAAUCGUGAGGACAGUAACGACGAUGAGGAUGAUGACUACAAUGUUAUUUACUACAAUGAUAUUAGCCGUGACGAAGGAUAUGAAACUGACAGUAAUGACAGUGACGAUGACAUCCCAGCGUUAAGGCAGUUGGGCAGACGUGGAUUUCAGCGUGGAUAG